CGAGGGGCAGGGCCCCGGGAGGCAGCUGCAAACGGGUGGAGCUGGUGGGGUGCUGGUCCCUCUUGGAACUGGGGCUCGUCGCAGCCAUUGGGUUCUGCUUCCUCUUGCAGACCUCGCGGGGCAGCGGUAGGGGUUAUGGUGAACGUGGAAGAGUGCCGAAGGGCCGUGCCUGAAGGGGUUAACCUUCGCCACCCACUGCCUUCCGCUGGGUCUUUCCGAUGUGACUUUGCCAGCUUUUGUGGUGGUUGUCCCAAGUUCUGCGAAAAGGCUGCCACUCCUUCCAGGGCUGCCACUCCUUCCAGCUGCUUGUUUCCGACAAGCUGGUAAACAUUAACAGAGCGGAGGUAGAGCUGCAGCUCCUGGGGCCCUCGGGGGGGCUGCAGCGGUGGGGACUGGCCGUACCACGUAGGGAGGCCUUCCCGUGGUAGCAAACCCAGCUCCUUCAGCCAUCUUUGUCCUUCCCUUCCCCUCCGCCGGCUGCCAGAGGGUGGGGAGCACUGAAUUACCUCGAGCCUCCGAGCAGCGUCUUGCAGAAUUUCCUAGUCCUGCUUGCUGACGGGUCCCUCCGUGGCCUUCCAGGGCUGAAGGAGCGGAGCUGCGCCCGUGCCCUCCUCCCUUAAGGGAAGGAGAUCCCGGUGGUUGCUCCUGGUGGUUGUGUGGUCAGCGAGGAGAAUCGGCCCCCAGGUUUGUGGGCUGCAGAAUGAGCCCCGUGCUCCGCAGCUGCCGCCGUGGUUCCCUGCUGCCAGGUGGGGAUUCCCAUCGCCGGUGUGUCUUGUAACAGAACCCGACGGGUUAUUGAUGCGAAGCCCCUGGGGGCAAACGCAGAAGCUGCUGUUUAUUGAAGCUGAACGUCCUGCCGCCGAGUUGCUGAAACAAGGCUGCCCCGGGGAGAGGCUGGCGCAGCACUCUCUGAUCUUAGUCAGGCUACUGUUGCUGUUAGGAACACUGUGCUGGAUUGGGAAUGUCAAGGCCUGGAUGUGCAGGCGAGUUCCCUGUUGGAUGGAGGUGAAUAACAACCAGCCAAGAACUUGGCAGUUGCAGGUUAUGUUGUCAUCUCGAAACCUUCAGGAGCUUUGAGUCAGUGUUCCCCUCUCUCACGGAAUGCUAUGAGAUAAAAAACCUGGUGCACAGUUCCUUAGAGUGGCAUACUCAGACCCUGCUGCAACUGGGGUGUCUGGAAGAUAAAUGGUUUUAAGAGAGUCACUUGCAGUAACUUCGGAGCUGUGCUUCAAGAACUUCCUAAAUGUUAAGGCACUUGUGAUCUGCUACAAAUGCUGAUGGUGCUGCUCUUGGAGGCUGCUUCACAGAGGCACUUUUCUGAACGUAUUUUUGCGCUGGACACCUAGUGAGAAUUCUUUCAACCAUGGGUGGAAAACUUUCGCUGUUGUGGAAAACACCUGCCCAAAAGGAGAACGAAGGCAAGCUGAUCUUACCCGGGCAGCUGGAUGCUGGAGAUGAAAUCGGCAGUUACGCCAGUAUCAAUGACUCCGCUCUGCCCUGUGGACCCUGCGAGGGCAUUGCACGUCGCGGCUGUGUCAACUGUCCAACGUGUCAGGGAACAGGAAGGAUCCCCGGGGAGCAAGAGAAACAGCUGGUGGCUCUGAUUCCGUACGGUGACCAGAGACUGAAGCCUAGACGGACGAAGCUCUAUGUGUGCCUUGCUGUGAUGAUUUGCCUGCUGACAACAUCUCUCAGUAUUUUCUUCCUGUUUCCUCGCUCCAUCGCCGUGCUGCCUGCAGGGCUGAACGCCUCCUCCAUUGGCUUUAAUGCCACCACCACCAGUAUAUUUCUCAACAUGACGAACGUGCUGAACAUAACUAAUGACAACUUCUACGUGGUCACUGUUGUGCAACUAGACGUAGAGGUUUUGCACCAGUCCAUCGUGGUAGGGAAGACUACCAUGAAAACCCUGCUGAACAUGAACCCUUUGCAGAGCGGCCAGAUCUAUUAUAUGGUGGCCAGCAGGAUAUUGGAUGACAACACCUAUAACGUUUGCACCUGGACAAAAGUCAAAGUUCACAACGUUCUGCUGCAUAUACAGGGGACCCUGACCUGCACAUACCUGUGUCAUUCGGAGCAGCUGGCUUUUGAAGACUACCAGUACGUGGAUUGCCGGGGGAAUGCCACGCUACCUCCCCCUUUGUACCAUCUCCUGCCGUGACAGGGCCAGGCUGGCAGAGCUUUGGGGCGCAGUGGAUUCCACCACGAAGGAGAGCUGUAGGGAGACAAACUUCUGGGCUUCUCAACAGAGGAGGUUCCGUGUUUCCUGGAUAACACUUGCAUCUCUCGGGUGAAGAUGGGAACGUACUUGGCAUUAUCUUGGAUCUGCUGCCUUCAGAUCGCAGCUGGCUCUUUUCACUGGCCUCACCAUAGCUGAUGCUUCAGCAGGGUGCCCAGUGCCUGGGCUGUGUCUCCGUGCCCGAUCCCAGCGGCUUUCACUGCUACUUCAGAGGCAGCACCCAAUUAGGCUGACUAGAUGUUUCCUCCUCGCGUAAUUUGGCACUUCUGAGUAUUUCAUAACUUGCAAAAGAAGGACUAUGCUGAGGCUUUCUGGCUGGAUCACAUCUGCACCACCGCAUCGAAUGAAACUUGCACAACCUGCAGAUAAGAGCAAGAAACAGGACUGAUGUAUCCAUGUCUCUGAGUCUUACGAAAAACUACUGCGUGUCAUGGCAAAACACCUUGUGAGAGAGGCUCUUGGGUGACUGCUGUUUUAAGCUGUCCCGUAUUACAAGGGAGAAUAGGCAUUUUUGUAUAUACGUAUUUUUAAAAACAUGCUCAUCCACUAACUGUUCCUUAAUGACAUCCAUUUCGGUGAGAAGAAAAUGCAUUUUGUACCGUGGACGAAAAAGAUUGCUGCUUUCCUGCCGAUGGCGGUUGGUGGCCAGCACAUGCUGUUUGUUGUGUCGUUCCCCUGUAUGCUUUGGCAUUUAACGUUUUAAAUGUGAAGAAGCA